AUGACGGCCUCGAUAGCAGACGACUCCGUUGUUGUGGAGGGCAGGACCCCUACCCACGAAAUCAGUGAUGAGAAGGUCGCUGUUGGCGAGGUCGACGACUACGACGAGAAGGAUAAUGCCAGUGAUGAUGUUAUCAUUGUUACUGGUGCCGACGCAGCGGCUCAUCUGAUUCCGCUGCGAGAUGAUGGCGAGCCUGCCUUGACGUUUCGAAGCAUGUUCUUGGCUACAUGUCUGUCGGCCUUUCAAGCUGUCAUGAGUCAAAUCUACCAGUUCAAACCAACUGCAGCAACAAUCUCUGGAACCUUCAUCGUUCUCAUCGCGUACUUCGUUGGUAAUGCUUGGGCUGCGUUCCUCCCUCGUGGUGACAAACUGAGGGCUCGAUGGGCAGCCAGGGGUGGUCAGGGAAAACCUCCCCUGUGGAUUACCAUCGCUACCUUCAUCAACCCUGGGCCAUGGAAUCUUAAGGAGCACGCUGUGUGUUCCAUCACAGCCACCUCUGCUUCCAACGCUUCUGCCAGUAUCACUGUCUUCACUGCCCAGGAUCUCUUCUACAACCUGCCUUUGAGCGCCUCCACCGUCGUCUUGAGCACCAUCUCCAUUGGACUCUUUGGCUAUGGUAUCUGCGGUGUGUUGCGUCCGAUUGCCGUAUGGCACGUCGAAGCAGUCUACUGGAGUACUCUUCCUACGGUCAAAACCCUCCAAGGACUUCACUGGCAAAGCCUGAAGGGCUCCAAGCCUCUCCGAUUCUUCUGGUACAGCUUUGUGGGCAUGUUCAUUUACGAGUUCUUCCCUGCGUACAUUUUCCCGUUCCUGAACUCCAUCUCUAUCCCCUGCUUGGCCGCCAUGCAUGCUACAGGAUCAAAGGCUGCCAUCCUCACCAACCUGUUCGGUGGUGCUACCAACAACGAAGGAUUGGGACUCUUUAGCUUCUCGUUCGAUUGGCAAUACAUUACUUCUUUCAACACCUCUCUGCCGCUUACACUGCAGGCCCAUGCUGCUGCCGGAUUCAUCGUUUGCUACGCGGUGGUGCUCGCCAUCUAUUAUACCAAUUCAUGGAGUGCUAAAUCCCAGCCAUUUAUGUCGACGCAGCUUCGAUCCGAAAACGGUACCAAGUACCCGGUUUCAGAGGUGUUUGUUGGCGGUGUGCUCGAUGAGAGUGCUUUGCAGAAGUAUGGUAUUCCUAAGCUGACUGGCAGCUUCGCAUAUGCCAUGUUCAUGGCCAACGCUGCUAUUGGUGCCUUGGUUGCCCAUUGCUUCCUGUUUUGGGGUGGAGAUGUUAAGAAGGCAUACAAAAGUUCGAGGGAAGGUCGAUAUGAUGACCGACAUCACGCCCACAUGGCGGAGAACUACAAAGAGGCACCGUGGUGGUGGUACAUUGCUGUCCUCGUUUUCAGCUUCGUUCUCGGUCUCGUCGUUGUUAUCAAGGAGAACAUCACCCUUCCUGCCUGGGCAUACGUUGUCGCCCUUAUUGUCGGCAUCUUUAUCGCACCCUUGAGUACCAUUCUAUACUCUCGCUAUGGUAACGGUAUUGCCACCAACAACUUGUCCAAGAUGUUGGCAGGUUUGAUGCUUCCUGGUCGCCCCGUCGGCAACAUGUACUUUGCUGCUUGGUCUCACAACGUUAUCUCCAACUGUGUCAACUUGUGCAAUGACCUGAAGAUGGGCGAAUACCUUAAAAUCCCGCCCCGUGUCAUGUUCCUCACUCAAAUCUACGGUACUAUUCUUGGUGGUUUCGUCAACUAUGGUGUCAUGAUUUCCAUUGUCAACGGCAAUCGCGAACUUCUCAUUGACAGCAACGGUAACGCUUCAUGGAGUGGUGCAACUAUCCAGUCAUACAACACCAACGCUACUUCCUGGGCCCUGGCAAAGUAUCUCUACAAGACUGGCGCAGAGUACGAGAUGGUCCCCAUCGGAUUGGCUAUUGGUGCUGGAGCCGUUGCUCUCCACCGCAUCUUCGUCUACUUCGUUCCCAAGAUCCGAGGCUUCGAUAUCAAAAACGACAUCAACCUCCCCCAGUUCAUCCAAUACGCUGGCUACAUCCCAUACAACCAGUCUCAAACCUGCGUUAUCUGGAGCCAGCUUGCUGCUGGAUUCUUCACGCAGUUUUACCUCCGAAACUACCGCCCUCGCAUUUUCAGGGAUUAUUCGUACUUGGUCACUGGUGCCUUUGAUGGUGCCAGUCUCACAGUGCUUUUCAUCCUUUCUUUUGCAGUCUUUGGGGCUGGUGGCCCUGCGGUUCCCUUCCCUUCAUGGUGGGGUAACCAUGUUGACGGCUUCUAUGAUUUCUGCCCUGUGGCCGAGUAG